AUGUCAUUCCAGAGGCCGAAGUACGGUAAUAAAUCGUACGGCACCCGAUCCCGACAGAAUAAGACCAGAACACAUGAAGAGCCUUCCGCCAGUACUCAUCAACAUCCUGGCGAGGCUAUUUACAUGUUAUCUGUCGGAAUGCAAGGUUCCUACGCAGUGGAAGACCAGCAAGACCCAUUGAAAGUGUUGGAUGAAGGACAGCCAUGUGAGCAAGCAGGGUUUCGAAAAGGAUUCAGCACGAUUGACCACAUUAACACUGUUUCGAAACUCAUCGAGGUAUUGCGAGAGUACAAGAUGCCGCUCUGUCUCACCUUCAUCGACUUGAAGAAAACCUUCGACUCAGUUGAGACAGAAGCGGUCGUGGAAGCCUUGGACAACCAAGGCAUCUCUAUUCAGUACAUAAAGGUACUUCGAGAGUUGUACAGUAACUUCACGACCGGAAUGUCGCCAUUCUACAAGAAUAACAUCAUUGACGUGAAGAGGGGAGUCCGACAGGGUGAUACAAUCUCACCCAAAAUAUUAAUAGCCACCCUUGAGAACGCAAUGCGAAAGUUGGAAUGGGACGACAUGGGAGCGAAGGUUGAUGGUCAGCAGCUACACCAUUUGCGCUUUGCUGACGACAUUGUACUGAUAACACCUAGCAUCAGCCAAGUGGAACGAAUGCUGACCGAAUUUGACGAAACAUGUGGAUGCAUCGGUCUUCAGCUGAAUCUGCAAAAGACGAUGUUCAUGCGCAACGGAUGGAUCUUGGAUGCCCCAUCCUCGCUUAACGGAAGGAACAUAUCCGAAUGCAGCUAUGUUCAUCUGGGUCAGGAAUUGAACAUGAUGAAUGACCUGACCUCCUAG